AUCUGUUAUGGCUGUUGUCAUUAAUAGUUAAAUGGGGUGGUUUUCAGCUCAUCUACUUCCCAAGCUCUGCCCAUUUCACAUCAUAAUAAAUCUCCCAUCCUCAACAGUUUCUCUGCUUCACUUCAUCCUCUGUUUUCUUUGUUAACUCCGCCCUGAGUAGUCAAUUGUCCCCCAUUCCCACCAAUCUUAACUAUCAAAUUUUGGAAUAGGAACACGAAUAUUUUUUUUGUCUAUAUUAGUCUCUCUUGAGCAAAACCCACUUCUCAGAUCUCUUUCUUUUCAUUUUAAAUCAAAGAAAACGCUUGGUCUUCUACAAAAAUGGAGCAUUGUUUUGUAGAUAAGCUCAAGGAUCAGCCUUCCUGGCUUCUUGUGCUAUUCACUAUCGGUUCUUUAUCACUUCUGAAAUUCUUCUUCGCUUUCCUCAAAUGGGUUUACGUUAAUUUCCUCAGACCUGCUAAAAAUCUGAAGAAAUAUGGAUCAUGGGCUCUCGUAACUGGACCUACUGAUGGUAUUGGCAAAGGUUUUGCUUUUCAAUUGGCUCGAAAGGGUAUGAAUCUGGUUUUGGUUGGUCGAAAUCCUGAUAAGCUCAAGGACGUUUCGGAUUCUAUUCAGUCCAAAUAUGGCAAGGUCCAAAUCAAGUCCGUUGUUGUUGAUUUCAGUGGCGAUAUUGAUGAGGGUAUUAGGAAAAUUCAGGAGACUAUUGAAGGAUUGGAUGUUGGUGUCUUGAUUAAUAACGUUGGAGUUUCAUAUCCCUACGCCAGAUUUUUCCACGAGGUGGACGAAGAGUUAUUGAAGAACUUGAUUAAGGUAAAUGUAGAAGGCACUACUAAAGUUACAAAAGCUGUUUUGCCUGGGAUGCUGAAGAGGAAGAAGGGUGCUAUAGUUAAUAUUGGUUCUGGUGCAGCCAUUGUCAUUCCUUCUGAUCCUCUCUAUGCGGUUUAUGCUGCCACCAAAGCGUAUAUAGAUCAGUUCUCCAGAUGCCUUUAUGUUGAAUACAAGAAAAGUGGGAUUGAUGUUCAGUGUCAGGUUCCCCUCUAUGUGGCAACAAAGAUGGCAUCAAUCAGGAGAUCUUCCUUCUUCGUCCCAUCAACAGAUGGCUAUGCUCGGGCAGGUUUACGUUGGAUAGGGUAUGAGCCUCGUUGCACACCUUACUGGCCCCAUUCUCUUCUCUGGGGUUUGUUAUAUGCAUUGCCGGAAUCCAUUAUCGAUGCGUGGCGACUCCACUUUUGCCUUGGGAUACGAAAGAGAGGACAACAGAAGGAUUCUAGGAAGAAGGAGUAAACAUUACACUCUUUUUAUUAGUUCAGUCAGGGUGUUGGAUUGAACUCAUAGAAUUUAAUCUUCUGUGUCAUUUUCUUACAUUUUCUUUUGCAUUUUACUAUUAAAAACCACUUUCUUCCUUUUGGGUGUACACUUGCUGAGAAGUUGGAGAAAAUUAACAUGCCUUUAUUGUCUUGAAUUUAAGUUCUUGGGGGCCUUGGAAUUCUCAAGACAUCGUUCAAUUGGUGUGAGAUUGAAAAGUUGAGUCUUUGUAACAAAAUGCUGUUGGAACAACCUGAAAUCCAUGCAUUUUCCAUGUCUCCAA